AUGACCGAUCCGACCAAGUUGAGUAUCAAGAAGGAGUACAAGUGGUCGUACACGGAGUCCAAGGAGGGCUCGGAGGCCUCCAACGUCACCGCCACGCCCGGCCAGCAGGUGCGGGCCGACUUCCAGGAGAUCAUGGACGACUUCCUCGGCCUCUUUGAGGUCCUCGGCGGCAAGAUGAAGCCUGUCAUGGCCGGCAACUCCCCCCUCAAUAAGCUCAACACCCUCCGCUCCGAGCUCCUCGGCCCCGCCGCACAGCCCAACUGCCACCUCAAACGCCGCGCCGUCAAGGAGCAGAUCCUCGCCAAACUCAAUGCCGACCAACGCGCCCACAACUCCUGGCUUGCAUUGCCCUCCCAAGCUGCCAUCAGGGAACAAUACACCACCCGCUGCCAUCAGGGAACAAUACACCACCCUUGA